CCGGCCAAUGCAGUUAAAAAUUUUUUUCCUUCUCCCCUUUUGUCCAAAUAAAAAGCGCUAUUUUGAUGAAUGAAGACGCUACUCUUGUAACCUUUGCCUUUUCUCUUCCUCAUCACACCUCCUGGGGUGGGCGGGGAGAAGGCCUCAGCGCCGGACUCUGUUGGGAAGAGGAUGCCGGGAGCUGAGCCGCUCGAAGCCGUCGCGUCGCCGGCAAGCAGAGACCUUCUCAGGGAGGAAAUCUGAGGAGGCCGCGGACCAGCGUCGCCAGCACCGGGCGCAGGACGGAGACACGAUGGAAGUGAAAGACGGAAAUGCAGCCCUUCUCAGCAAUUACGAGGUCUACAAGUUGUUGACCGAUCUGAAGCAGCAACGCUGGGAAACGGGGAAAAGCAAGCAGAGUUCCGGCCAGCAGAAUUUGAACACUAUCAUGUAUGAAACGCUAAAAUACAUAUCUAAGACUCCAUGUAAAUACCAGAGUCCUGAGAUCAUAAUGGAUUUUCUCUUAGCGAUGAAAUAUCACAAGUUAACAAAAGCGGAAAAGCUACAGCUUCUCAACCACAGGCCUGUGACCGCAGUAGAGAUCCAGCUGAUAGUCGAAGAAAGCGAAGAGCGGCUAACAGAAGAGCAAAUCGAAUCUCUCCUCCAGACCGUCACCAGCAUCCUUCCAGGAGAUCCGGAGCAAGAGGAAGAGCGGCAGUCAGCCAUGGCUGUCGAGGAGGAAGGAGACCAGGGGUAGGACAGCAUCUCCAGGACCAGAAUGAGGAUCCUGACCCAAAUCUGAAAGCCGUCUACCUACUUCAGUUGCACUGAAGAUCUGUCUCCCACCCCUUAUGAUGACAGACUUACAUACAAAGCCACAUCACCUCGUUUUAUUGUUGAAUUCUUCUUACAUCACAGUAGCGAAUGUCGCUUACAACAGAUUACAACAAAAUGUUUUCAAAA